ACCAAACAACCAACGAAGCACACACAGAAACAGAGCAAAAAUGAAGCUUUACAGUUCCACACUCUGUUUCUCCUUCUUCUUCUCCCUCAGCAUCAUCUUCUCCUCCUUCUCUUCCUCCUCAUCCGCCGCCCUCCUAUUCCAGGGAUUCAAUUGGGAAUCCAGCGGUAAAACCGGCGGGUGGUACAACUCCCUUCAGACUUCAAUCUCCGACCUCGCCGCCGCCGGAAUAACCCACGUAUGGCUCCCCCCGCCGUCCCAAUCAGCUUCCCCACAAGGCUACAUGCCGGGAAGACUCUACGACCUCAACGCCUCCAGCUACGGCAACCAAUUCCAACUCAAAUCCCUAAUCACCAAUCUCCACAACGCCGGCAUCAAAUCCCUCGCCGACAUCGUGAUCAACCACCGGACGGCGGAGCGGAAGGACGACAGAGGGAUCUGGGCCAUCUUCGAAGGUGGAACCCCCGACGGUCGCCUCGAUUGGGGCCCGUCGUUCAUCUGCAGCGACGACACGGAGUAUUCGAACGGGCAGGGGAAUCCUGAUUCAGGGGAAGGUUUCCCCCCUGCCCCUGAUAUGGACCAUCUCAACCCCCGGGUCCAAAGAGAACUCACGGAUUGGAUGAAUUGGCUGAAAACCGACAUCGGAUACGACGGCUGGAGGUUCGAUUUCGUGAAAGGUUACGCGCCAGAGAUAAUGGGAACCUACAUAGCAGGGACAAAGCCGGAUUUCGCGGUGGGGGAGAAGUGGGACUCGCUGGCUUACGGGCCGGACGGGAAACCUAAUUGGAAUCAGGACGCUCACCGCGGGGCGUUGAAAGACUGGGUUCAGGCCGCCGGCGGGGCCGUGACGGCUUUCGAUUUCACGACGAAAGGGAUUCUGCAGGCGGCCGUGGAAGGGGAGCUGUGGAGGUUGAGAGAUGGGAAUGGGAACCCGCCCGGGUUGAUCGGAUUGCUGCCCGGAAAUGCUGUGACGUUUAUCGACAAUCACGAUACCGGUUCGACCCAGAAGCUGUGGCCGUUCCCGUCGGAUAAAGUGAUGCAGGGAUAUGCUUACAUCCUUACUCACCCUGGGACUCCAUCGGUUUUUUACGAUCACUUCUUUGAUUGGGGGUUGAAGGAGGAGAUUGGUAGAUUAGCAGCAAUAAGGAACAGUUCUGGGAUUACCUCAACAAGCAAAGUGAACAUCUUGGCAGCUGAUUCGGACCUUUAUGUAGCAGGGAUUGAUGACAAUGUGAUGAUGAAAAUUGGGCCCAAAAUGGAUCUCGGGAAUCUGAUUCCUUCGAGCUUCCAGGUGGCUACAUCUGGAGAGAGCUAUUGCGUGUGGGUCAAGAAAUGAGUACCAAGUCUUGUGCUGCACAUAAAUAAAUGUAGAUCUUCAAGAAGACGCUAAACGCUAUCUAGGCGAGUAGGCACCGCUCAGCGUCCAGGUCGAUUAGUCGUUGCAUAGGCGAGAUUAAACGUUAAAAAUAUAUGAUAGAUAAGUCAUAGUCUAAAAAACCCAAGUCACCAUAUCAUUAUUCAUCCAUUCAUAUACACAUACAACCCAUUUCCACAAAUUCCAAACACCCCAAGUCGCCAACCAUGAGGAGGCAUCUCGCUGCUGGUCGAUGAGAGGGAGCGGCUGGUCGAAUGAAAAUGAGAAAUAGAAUAGAGUUUGGGAU